AUGACUUCUAGUGAAUUACUUCAAAUUAAAAUUCUUUUUGAAAGCAUUCAAUUAACAAAUUCAAAAAGUGGAAUAAAAGAAAUGAAUGAAUUUAUAAAAAAAGUAGGAAGAAAAGGAAUAAUUUAUUAUUUAUCGUUAUUAUUAUCAACAAAAUAUACAAAAAGUACAGAAGUGUGUUAUGAAGAAUUAUCUCGUUAUAUUUCUCAAUUAAUUUCAUCACCAUUUUUUGAAGGAAUGUUUUUUGAAGCGAUAAAUUCAAUUGAAUUUAAUUGUGAUAUAUCAAAACUUACUUUAAAAAAAAAUGAAUUACAAUUUCUUCAACAUCUUCUUGCACUUCAUCAUGGUGAAUUUCUUUCAUUACCAAUUGAUGAAACAGAUAUUCCUAAAGAUGAAUUACUUCAAAAUUUCUAUGAAGAUCCAUAUUAUAUAGUAAAUAUUACUCAAUCUUCUCAUCCAUCUCCAAUUUUUGCAUUACAUUGGAGUAAUCCAAUAACAUCAACAUUAACUCAAAAUGAUAUUAUUAUACCAAUUAGAGAAUUAAUUGAAGAAUUUAAUACUGAAGAAUUAAAUGAAUUUAUUAAAGAAUAUUAUUUAACAACAGAAGAAUGUAUUUUAUGUCUUGAUAUUAUUUGUAAAAAAAAAUUGGGAUUUAAUUCAACAUUUUUAUCGAAAGUGGAAUGGCCAAUUGUAAUUAGUCAAUUUAAUUAUGAAUUAAAAGAACAAGAAAUUAAUUUUAUUUGUCCUUAUUUAAAUAAUUGUAAAAUAACAACAAUUUCAUUUAAUUUAUUACUAUCAUUUAUUUCAUAUAUUCUUUCAAAUCAAAAGAAUAAUAAAAUUAUCAAAUUAUUACUUCUUUCUUUAUUUAAUCAAUUUAAUUCAAUAGAAGAAUUAUUUAAUUCAAAUGAUUUCUUUGAAUAUUUGAAAUCAAAAGGAAAUGAUGUAAUUAAUUAUAAUAAAAUGAAUUCAAUAAUAAUUGAAAUUAGUAAUAAAUAUCCAAAUGUUAUUUGUAAAUAUAUUGAAUGGGGAAGAAUAGAAAUAAUCAAAGAAGUAUUAGAAAAUCAAAACUUACUAUUAUUUUUAAUUGAAAAUAAUAAUCAAACAAUUGAAUAUUUAAUUAAAGAAUAUCAAAAAUCAAGUAACAUUAUUAAUUCUAUUUGUAAAGUAAUUAAUAAUAAUAAUUUAGAAUUAAUUGUAAAAUUUGAAUCAAAUAAAUUAAUGAUGAUUGAUUUAGCUUCAAAUAUUGGAAUAAAUGCAAUUCAAUUUAUAUUAAAAGAAAAUAUGAAAGAAAAUAUUUCAUUGUUUCUUAAAUAUAAAGAAGAAAAAAAUCAAAUUGUUAGUACUUCAACUCUUUCAAAACCAAUUAAUACUCUUUUAUUUGAAUUUAUUAAAAUGAAUAAAAUUGAAAAUCAAAAUAAUUUAAAUGAAAAUGAAAUAAAUUUAUUAGAAGAAGUAUUAAAUAAUAAAAUUACAAUUAAUGAAUUUUGUAAUUCAUUUGAAAAUAUAAUUAAAAAUGAAAAUGAAAUAAAUAAAAAUAUUGUAAGUAAAAUACUUCAAUUUUUAUGUGAUGGAAUGAUUCAUCCACCAAUUAAAGGAGGUUCAAUUAUUGGAGAUGUUGUAGGAGAAUUACUUAAAAGAAAAAUAAUAAAAGGAGUAAUAUAUAUUCAUAUUAUUAGAAUUAUCAUAAAUCAAUUAGACGAUAUUAAUAAACCAACAUUUUAUAAUUCUUUAAUUAAAUUAUUCACAUAUUAA